AUGACAGUUCUCUCGGCGAUGAGAUUGGGCUACUUGGUCCUUGGCCGCAUCGCUUCCUGGUUGGCGCAGUUCUAUAACCGCGAAUGGUUAGAUGUUGGGAACAUUUUCGCGCACGAGAAUCUCUUCCAAGAUCUCUGGAUUCCAUCGGACAUCUUCAUGAGUCCCCAUAAUCCCAUGCCCUCGAUGAGAGGCGACACCGUGCCUGGCGGCGAGUCGUUACCGGAGAAGCGGAGCACGACAAGCGAGUUCGAGGAUGCGCAAGCAGACGCUCCGAUGGUUCAUCAAGCAGACCAAAGUUCCAACUACGCAGCCUCGCACAGAUUGGCCUUCCUUGACAAAGUUCUCGAAGGCUAUGACAAGCGUGCCUGGCCAACGUAUGGCGAAGGCCGGCCGACCGAGGUCAAGGUAAACAUCCACGUAAACAGCAUUGGACCAAUAGUGGCCGCAAACAUGGAAUAUGGCAUGGACAUAUAUCUACGGCAAUCGUGGACGGACAAGCGCCUGAACCUGAGCCGCUUCGGCAUCAACUACACAGUCACGCUUAACGGCGAGGACCUCAUGGAGAAAAUCUGGAAACCCGAUCUUUUCUUUAGAAAUGUGAAGAGAGCAGCGUUUCACAGAGUGACGGUCCCAAACAUGUUGGUAAGAAUUGCACCAGAUGGAGAAGUUCUCUAUUCUAUGCGGCUCACCUUAAGCCUCGCGUGCGUCAUGGUUUUUCGAUAUUAUCCGCUCGACACUCAGAGGUGCAACGUCAUUCUCGGAGCUUAUGCACAGACGAUCGACCAGACGCACAUCUCGUGGCAGACCCAUAAGCCCAUCGUUAUCGAAAGCCCUAUUGAAUUGCCCGAGUUCGACCUCACAGGCCACACGUACGGCAGCUUCAACCGAACCGUUGACACUGGAACAUUCAGUUUCCUCAAUGUCACGCUGACGCUUGCUCGGCAAAACGGGUACCAUCUUAUCCAAACUUAUCUUCCCACUUUCUUGAUCGUGACAAUAUCUUGGGUUUCAUUCUGGCUGAACAUCGACGCUACUCCGGCCAGGGUGACCCUCGGUGUCACCACCCUGCUCACAAUGACAACCGUGGCGGCGGGUGUAAGGACUCAACUCCCACCCGUAUCCUACGUCAAAGCCAUCGACGUCUGGAUCGGAGCCUGUUCGGUGAUGGUCUUCGGGGCUCUUCUAGAAUUCACGCUCGUGAACUACCUGAGCCGAAGCAAAAUGCGUCCGGAAGAAUUCCGCAAAUCAAUGAAUCCUUUCGCCCGCAAGAAGGACGCCGACUCGUCAGCACCAUCUUCGAAGGAUGGGCAUCACAGUGAUUUGCCAAACGGACGACCUUACGAGCUCCAGCGCAACGUCAAGCGUGCGCAGAUGGUCGACAGAGCAUCCCGGAUCAUGUUCCCAUUCAUGUUCUUGGUUUUCAACACCGUCUACUGGACAUUCUAUCUCUUCCGGGGCGACGGAAGUCAAUAGAACAAGGACUACGUCGAAGGCAACGGCCGCAGGUCAGCCUGUGCCCUCGGCUUCGCUCUGGGUAUUUUGCCCAGUCAGCGUGCGAUCCCGUGAACCAGCAUCAAGGUCGCCGGCUGCGUUCGGACACAGUUGU